UUUCCAAUCCACGCGUCCUCUCACCUCUCUCUCACUCUCAUUUCAGACGCCGCCUUCUCACUUCCCUUCUCGGCUCUCAUUCGCCGCCCAGCUCAAGCGCCGACCAAAUUCUUACUAUUUGCUCAGACAUCAGCCAUGGCUGGGUACACGGGCAGGUCUUGGACCAAUACUCCUGCCAGCGUGGCAUGUUGCAAAUGUGGUAUUCAAAUGGUGCCAAAUCCCGCCAAUAUGUGCUUGAAUUGUUUGCGUUCUGAGGUCGAUAUCACAGAAGGUUUACAGAAGCAUGCUGUUAUUAUCCACUGCCCCGAGUGCGAUAAGUACCUGCAGCCGCCGAGAACCUGGAUUAAAGCUCAGCUAGAAUCGAAGGAGCUGCUGACCUUUUGUGUCAAGAGGCUGAAGAACUUGAAUAAAUUGAGGCUGGUACAUGCUGAAUUUAUUUGGACUGAACCUCACUCCAAGAGGAUCAAAGUUAAGCUGAAAGUUCAGAAAGAGGUUCUUAAUGGAGCAGUACUUGAGCAAUCCUAUGUUGUUGAAUUUGUUCAGCAAGAACAUAUGUGUGAAUCUUGUUCGAGGGUUCAGGCCAACCCUGACCAAUGGGUAGCAUCCGUGCAACUUCGGCAACAUGUUUCUCACAGGCGGACAUUUUUCUACUUGGAGCAGAUGAUUUUGAAGCAUGGGGCUGCUGCUACUGCUAUAAAGAUUAAGCAGAUGGAUCAAGGAAUUGACUUCUUUUUCUCUAACCGGAGUCAUGGUGUGAAGUUUGUGGAGUUCCUGGGAAAAGUUGUGCUUAUUAGGAGUCGACACGACAAACAGCUUGUGUCGCAUGAUCUCAAGAGUAAUAACUACAAUUAUAAGUAUACUUUUUCUGUUGAAAUAUCCCCUAUAUGCCGUGAGGAUUUGAUUUGUCUGCCCCCAAAGGUUGCAGUAAGUCUCGGGAAUCUCGGUCCUUUGGUGAUUUGUACUAAAGUAACCAACAGCAUUGCUUUGCUUGACCCUUUUACCCUGAGGCACUGUUUUCUGGAUUCUGAUCAAUAUUGGAGGUCGUCCUUCAAGUCUCUACUUACUAGUAGGCAGCUAGUGGAGUACAUUGUCCUAGACGUGGAGAUUGUUUCGCCUGAUGUUAAUGUUGGUGGCUCAAGGUACGCUUUAGCAGAUGCUCAAGUUGCUCGGUUGUCUGAUUUCGGGAAGAACGACACUAUUUUCAACAUAAGAACACAUCUUGGCCAUAUCUUAAACCCUGGUGAUUAUGCUCUCGGUUAUGACUUAUACGCGGCUAACAACAAUGACAUUGAGUUAGAGAAGUACAAGGGCCUGGUCCUUCCUGAUGCAAUUUUAAUAAAGAAGAACUAUGAAGAAAAACGCCAGAGGAAGCGUGGGAAGGCUCGUUCUUGGAAGCUCAAAUCUCUUAACAUGGAAAUUGAUGAAAAGGGUAAAGCUGAGCAAGAAAAGGUGAACUCCGAGUAUGAACAGUUCAUGAAGGAUUUGGAGGAGAAUCCUGAUAUGAGGUUCAACAUAUCUUUGUACCGGAGCAAGGAAUACCAGCCAUCAGAGAUUGCAUCUAUGACCGAUGGGGAAGAUGCACCAUCGAUUCCAUUGGAAGAAUUGCUGGCUGAUCUUGAUCUCAGUGAGGAUGAAAAUGGAGACAGUAACAUGGCUGGUUGACUGUGAAGUGCUUAUUUUGCUUGUACCUGAAGGUCGUAUUUUUGGGUGGUCGGUUUUUUUUUUUCCUGCUGGUAUUUGUUAUUUUUUCCGUUUUGUUAUGUGCUCUGUACUUUUACAGUGCAUUGGUUGUGUUUCUUUAUUUAGAAGUAAGCGCAAGUAUUAUGUUUUACUCGCAA